GGAUAGACCUCUAGAGCACUGAAAACAAUAACAAACGGAAUGACAGCUCAUUGACUGCACCGACAGUCUGACAGCUCAUGCAUUGAGCGCACAAUUACUGGCCAUUCACUGCAUUCACGCCAAUCAAGUGAUUCACUGCUCACUCACUGUCUGUCCAUUCAUGCGAUGACUGCUUUCCACACGUGUGGACCCAAUGAGGCACUCGUGGUGUCAGGAUGUGGUCAUCGGCGACCACUUAUCAUACCCGGCGGUCGUGUCUUCGUGUGGCCACUCAUCCAAAAGGUUCAGAGGAUAUCGCUGAACGCAAUGUGUCUGACCAUCGAGUCAUUGCGAGUGCACAGCCGCCACGGAGUGGUUAUAUCAAUGACGGGAACAGCUGUAGUGAAGAUCCCCGGCCACAGCCCCGACAUGUUGAGCGCCGCCUGCGAGCACUUCUUAGACAAAUCAGAGCCGCAGAUAAUGGACGCCAUCUCUGAGACACUGGACGGACACCAGAGAGCUGUCAUCGCCUCCAUGAGCGUCGAUCAGAUCCACACGAAUCUCAAGAACUUCACGGAUAAGGUGUCAGACGGGGCUGCGAGUGAUUUGGCGCACAUGGGAUUCGUUAUCAUCUCGUAUACCAUCAAAGCCAUCACUGACGGGGACGGGUAUCUCAAAGCACUCGGACUGACACGCGCUGCACAAGUGAAGAGAGACGGACGCGUGGCUGAGGCCGAGGCCGUGAGGGAUGCGCUCAUAGGGAAGGCGUUGGCGGAACAGGAGCUGAUGUCCGCCCGCUAUGCGAACGCCACACAAAUAGCUAAAUCCCGGGCCGAUUGCGAGCUUAAAAAGGCUGCCUUUGAUGAGAAGGUGUGGGCUAUGAUGGCUGUGUCGGACCUGUCCUACGAUCUACAGACGGCCAAAACGCGGCAACGCAUUAAAGCCGAGCAAAUGGAGGUAAAACUGGUAGAGAAACUGCAACAGAUCCGGGAGCAGGAACUGGAUGUCGUUCGUCGGGAGAGGGAGUUGAAGGCAACGGUGCGACUGCCAGCCGAAGCCGAGAAGUACCGGUUGGAGAGGUUGGCCGACGCGCACAGGAAUCACAUGAUUAUGUCGGCUGAAGGAGAGGCAGAAGCCAUACGACUGCGAGCAGAGGCCGAGGCUGUGGUGAUUGAGGACAAAGCUAUGGCACAACUAAUGGCACGAAAAGCUAUUUUGGAUACUCUGCCUAAGAUUGGUAUUGGGAUCAACUCCGGUGUCCCUUUGACGCCCCUCUGCCCACAACUACCCGUUGAUCCGAAAGACAAUGUUUUAGUGACACACAAGACAUCGGUUUUGCCAGAAGUCGACAAAAUAAUUGUCUUAAAGGAGGGACUGAUCUCUGAAUUCGGAUCAUUCGAUGAACUGAUCGCUAAAAGAGGAGAUUUCGCCGAAUUGGUGGCGGAAUAUGUGUUGAGACAGGAAUCAUGUGAAUCAGUUAGACAUGUCUCGACCACUGCUCAUAACAAUUGCCACAAAAUGUGUGGAACUGGAGAUCAGACUCAAGACAUACAACAAAAUGAACGAAAACUGAUAAAAGAGGACAAACCAGAGGCCGGUUCCGUCAAUACGCAUAUUUAUAAGAAGUGUUUCCGAUUGGUUGGCGUCCAAUACCUGAUUGUGAUACUCUUGUCGUAUAUCAUUGGCAUAGCAUCGGGUCUGUGGUUGAGUGAGUGGUCGGCCGAUGCACUCAUACCCAAACUGACAGACUAUCGCAGCUUAAGUCUGAUCCUAAGACUGUGUCUGUUGUUUGUGUUUAUAUUUGGUUUCAUGGAAAUGGUGGUCAUAUCCUCAGCUUUACUAUCCAUUAGUCAGGGAUGUGUUGGUGCGGCUAAAAGGCUGUAUGGGUUUUGGACAACGGAUUCAUCACUGAGUUUGAACAGCUUUUAA